UGCUUUUGUUCCUUUGGAUAUUCCCAACAAGAAGAAUUCCACAGAGUGGGAGAAAGUGAAGCUCCUCUUUGAAGAAUUUGGAAGUAGUCAUGGCUUGACUGCUCUUUCGUUUUCCAUUAGUUCCUUGACUGUGAUUGGAAUGCUGGCAGCUAUCACUUACACAGCUUAUGGUAUGUCAGCUUUGCCCCUAAACUUGAUUAAGGGAACUACCAGUGCGGCUUAUGAACGUUUAGAAAACACUGAAGAUAUUGAAGAAGUGGAACAACAUUUAUUAAGGAUUAAAUCGAAGUGCAGAGAUGGUCGUCCUCUGUCAUCAAGGGACAGAAGGACUUUGCAGCAACUAGAAGACAGACUAAGGACACUGCGAAGGAGAGAGAGACAUCUGGAGUCUAUAGAGAAAAGCUGGUGGACAAAGUUCUGUGAAGCUAUCCGACCUCUAAAGAUUGUGUGGGGUGUGUUUUUCAUCAUUGUGGCACUGCUCUUCACUGUCUCUCUGUUCUUGUCAAAUUUGGAUAAAGCUCUGCACUCAGCUGGCUUCGACUCAGGAUUUAUCAUUUUGGGAACUAAUCUGACCAAUCCCUUGAACAUGCUGUUACCAGUUCUUCAAAGAGUUUUUCCACUUGAUUAUAUUCUUAUUACAACUAUUGUUAUGUACUUUAUCUUCACUUCCAUGGCAGGAAUUCGAAAUAUGGGGAUAUGGUUCUUUUGGAUAAGGCUUUAUAAAAUCAGACGAGGAAAAACUCGACCUCAAGCACUCCUAUUUCUCUGUAUGAUACUUCUGUUGAUAGUUCUUCAUACAAGUUACAUGAUUUACAGCCUUGCCCCACAGUAUGUCAUGUAUGGAAGCCAGAAAUACCUGGUACAGAGUAAUAAGACAAUUGAUGGCCAGCCAAGGAAUGUGACAUUUGUAUCUAAAGACUGUGAUGCAGAUGCACCUGAGGAUCAGUGUAUUGUCACUCGGACCUACCUCUUUCUUCAUAAAUUCUGGUUCUUCAGUGCUGCCUAUUACUUUGGGAACUGGGCAUUCAUUGCAGUCUUUUUAAUUGGAUUAAUUGUUUCAUGCUGCAAAGGCAAGAAAUCAGUCAUUGAAGGUGAAGUGGAUGACAACGAUUCAGACAUGAGUGAUGAUGAACCGUCUGUUUAUUACCACUGAUAGCCUUUUGCCUUCAAGAGGGAAAAAUUGUAAUUUAAAGUUAUGUUGAAGGUCAUACCCAUGUGGAAUUUGUAUCCAAAUAAGCAUCCUUGCACCUGUAAAAAUAGAAGAAAUAAGUAUGCUCACUUAAAGGGGUAAAAAGCCUGAAUAUCACUUAGAGUAUCACUGCUAAAUGAGAACAAUUUUUGAAUCUGAGCUAUAAUAAUGUAUCAAAAAAUUGUUUUAUGGUUAAACAUGUAUGUAACUUUCUGAUGUAUAAUUUGAUGAACGGUUGUAACUAUUUAAUAGUUCAUGAUGCUUUUCUGUUAACUUGGGUUUUCUUAAAUACUUGUAGGACUUUUUUAUUCAGAAAU